AUGUCAGCCAAAACCUUAAGCAACAAAUUCAAACUCAUCCUCAAGAAGAGGGAUCGUUUUUCCGGGGAGAAUGUGUCUCACUUAAACUCAGAGCAAACAAAUAUUCAAUUAGAAUUGCUAGAACAAGCGUUCGACAUCUAUAAUAAAGACUUUGAGCAAUUUACAUUGACUGUUGGAGAUGAUAAGAUUGAUACUUACAUAGAAGUAUUGGAAGAAGUAAGUGACAUUUAUGCACAUACUAAAGCAAUUUUAUUAACACGUAUACACAAAUCAGAAGAAGACAUUAAACCAAAAACAUUAUAA